GGCCGCCCCUGCGCACAAGAUCCAGUUUCUAGGGAACACGCUUGAUAGAGAUUUCCCGGAAGCUGCGCGCGGCACACGUGCGUGAGCGAGACAGCUUGACGUCAGAGAGCGUCGCGCGUUCAGGAAGCCGCGUGUCCGCGUUUGAAGACCGGCUUGAGCCGGUAAAGAGCUGUAAAAACAGGCAGGACGGGACAGAAGACAAAAGGAUGUUCAUGGGAGAAGCACGGUAGACCGGGGAGGUUUCUGCUAGGUUUAGUUUAGGCAUAAAACGGSUUAGAAGCAUCAAAAGCAGAGCUUUAAUCACAUUUCUGUUGAGCCAAAGCCUUAUCUUAUACACUUCCAAAAGAAGACAACACGACUCGGUAUCUUCCAAACUUGCCUUUUCAUCCCCGUUUUGUCCACUUUGCCGCAGGUGGCCUGUUUUAGCCAUGAGGAAUCCCAGAGUCCCACACUGUUUGGGCCCAAAGGUUUACCCGGAGGUGCCUGAGGGUGGCUGGGGCUGGCUCGUGGCUGUGGCCUUUUUCUUGGUGGAGGUCAACACGUAUGGAGUCAUCAAGACUCUGGGCAUCUUCCUCCAGGAUCUGAUGGAAGAGUUUCAGGAGAGCAACAGUCGCGUCUCCUGGGUCAUCUCUAUUUCUGUGUUCAUCUUUGCAUUUACUGCUCCUGUGGCAACAACAUUGAGCAACCGCUUUGGCUCUCGCCCAGUAGURAUGAUGGGGGGCUUCCUCAUAAGUCUUGGAAUGAUCACUUCUGCCUUCACCAGCUCCAUCACUGAGAUGUACAUCACUCUUGGCAUCGUAUCAGGACUCGGCUUCUGCCUCUCCUUCCUCCCAACGGUCACCAACUUAGCCCAGUACUUUUCCAGACGGAGAGCUCUCGUUACCUCCAUUGCUUCUUCAGGAGAAUCUUUUGCCAUAAUUGCAUUUGCACCUGCCUUCACCAGACUGAAGGAAGACAUUGGUUGGCGCUACUGUCUGGUCGUACUUGGGGUCAUUCAGGCUUCUGUGAUUGGCUGUGGCCUCCUCCUUUGUCCAAUCAACAUCCAGCCAGAGCCUGUAAAGGAGGACAACCAAUCAGACUCCGUCUCUCUGAAGCAGAUUCAGAGCGUUUAUGAACUAGAGAAUGAACAAACUCAAACCUCCAUCAGUUCAGCAAUCUCCAGAGGGUCUGGGGACUCAGGAGUCACGUCACUGUCAGGGUCUGAUGAAGACCUGAGGAACGCAGAACCAGAGGCUAAAUCUCUAGUGGAGUGGGAGAAAUCCUCAUCCAUAGACUGUCUUGAUGUGAAAGUGACAGGGGUAGAGGUGGGUCCUCGCCAGCUCUCCACCCCGAAACUCCUGGACUUCUCAGCCCUUAAAGACUAUGCCUUCAUAUGGUACUCACUCUUCGGCCUGUUUGCCACUCUGGGCUUUUUUGCACCACAGCUUUACAUCAUCGAACUAAGUAAGAGUCGAGGCGUGGAGCCCACCAUGGCCUCAUACAUGCUCUCUGUGAUGGCAGUUGCGGAAAUCUUCGGUCGCUUAUCAAUUGGAGUUGUGUUAAACAAAGUCCGCUGCAAGAAAACCUUGGUGCUUCUGGCGUGUGUGGUCCUGCUGGGCCUCGUUCUGGUGGCCUUCACUGUGGUGUGGGAGUUCUGGGGCCUGGUGGUCUGCUGUACUCUUUACGGCUUCUUAUUGGGCACCGUAGGCUCCACGCACAUUCCUCUUCUGGCCGAGGAGGAAGUGGUGGGGAUCCAGAGGAUGCCCUCAUGUGUGGGAGUCUAUGUCUUCAUCCAGAGUUUCGCUGGACUGGCUGGACCMCCACUAAGUGGUAUGUUGGUAGAUGUCACACAGAACUACGGUGCUGCUUUUUACUCAUGUGCAGCAGGCAUCGGAGUAAGUGCAGUCUGCCUGGCUAUGGUUGGCCUGGCUAAGCCCACAAUGUGCCAAAGAUGCAUCAGAAAUCAAGAUAAAAGCAAGAACGCUGACGAAGAGGAGAAAAUGUCUCAUAACAGCUACCAGCUGGACUUCUUGGAAGUAGACUUGGCUGAGGACAUUACAGUUCCACAGGUCGAUGAUCAGAACACCUCGGUUAUUUGAAUCUGACCUCAUCAAAGAUCAAACCUGGAGUUGGGCCUGAGCUGCGUGAAGCUGCAGGGUCUUUGACAUUACCUGCCGCUAGAUCCAAAUCUCAGGUGUCGUUCCCUCUGUUAAUUAUCCACCAACUUGAAAAGUCCACUUCUUCACAGGAAGAAAACCGUCUCUGCUCCGAGACCAAAGACUCAUCUUCUGWGCUGAAGCAUCGUCACGCCUGUCUGCCCAACAAUGUCACACUGUUCUAUUCCAGCAGGGUCAGAGCUAACAGAACUUCUAAUGAAGUAACUCACAGAGCACCAAAAGAAUAAGUCUGCAAUAGUUUACUGGGGUUGUGGACCCGUGGACUUGGCGACCACAACCACUUAGACUAAUGCAGAUGGUGGAUGUCAUAAACAAAAGUGGGGGUUUCAGUGUGUUUUUUGCAGACGAAAGUUUCUGAAUCUACUUUCAAAAGCCAAGUGCUGAAUUUAUUUUAACCAUGUUCUAAAAAAAAUGAAACGUUUGUGGGGAAACUGUCCACCUGCAAAAAAAUAUCUGCAACAUUUACUUAAAGCAGUGGAUCCCAAACUCUUUAUGCUUUAUAAGCCUCAACCCAAUCAGCCCCAGGCACACACAGUCUCCAACCAGACACAGCAUUGUCCAAGCAUUAUUUUGUCUCAUUCAGUGCUGCACCCCCCACUUUUGGAACUCCUGACUUGAAGAAUUAAAGCUAUUACCUUUUCCUGUGGGACGUUGACACAAGCUGAGCUAGAAAAAUAUGUUUUAAAAUCUGAUUGUUUCCUAAAUGUUAUUAAGAUGCACAUUCUUGCUGCUUGUAUUUAGCUCCAGAUGUGAUUGUACCAAAAACAAUAACGCAGCAGUUUGGUCUAUAGAUUCUGUGAUACCAGAGGAUGUUGGAUUCUGCCCCAUGUUUGGAUAAAGGCGUUGUCCUCCUAUGUGUAUUGCAGAGAUGCACAUGCCAGUCAAACUGUAAAGCAGUCACACUGCAGAUAGUGUAGUGUUUCAGUUUGUUUCGUUAAUCUGAGACAACAAACGUCAACGUGUGGAUUUAAACAUGGUCACAUGUGUGUAUGCAAACCAUGAGAGACUCAACAUGAAGUCCUGAGUUGCACCUGUAGUCACUUGAAGUCUAGAAUUUUCCAUUUUAUUUAAAUGUUUUACAUUUAAAAUGUUUUACAUUUAUUUUCUGUUUUUAUACUUUUUUAAUUAAGUGCCAGGGAGGUUCCUUUCUAUUAGGUGAUGUUGCACUUUCAUUCUGUAGUUUUUUUUUCUAUUAAAAACAUAAAGCUCCAACCCGA